AUGGCAACGGUCCCACUUAGCCGAGUAGACCAACACAAACCUGCAAAUUUUGUGCAGUGCCCAAAGGUUUCAACGGAAUUGUUAGAUUUUCGAGAAACCUACUGGAAGAAGAAAGACGCCGAUGAAACUAUUCAAAAUUCGAUGGACGAUGCACAGGAGCAGAUUUUUUUGGGUUUGAAGCAAAGGGUCCAGGCAAUCAAUCAGGAGACUUGCGAGGCUGGUGAUGAAAACUCGUUUUUCCUGUGCGAUAUCGGUGAGGUCCACAGAUUGUGGGCACAAUGGAAACAGAGACUGCCCAGGGUGCAGCCGUUUUACGCAGUCAAGUCCAACCCAAACAACCGCAUUUUGACAACACUGGCAGAGUUGGGGGCCAACUUUGACUGUGCGUCCAAGUCAGAGAUCGAAACUGUGCUCAGACAAGGCGUCGAUCCCUCCAGAAUUAUCUACGCAAACCCGUGCAAGGCCUCGUCCUUCAUACGAUUCGCUCAAAAAUGCGGAGUGAAAAAAUCUACGUUUGACAACGUCGAAGAGCUCGCCAAGAUCAAAAAGUUCCACCCGGAGUCGGAGCUUUUGCUCAGAAUCGCUACCGACGACUCAAGCGCGCAGUGCCGUCUUUCCACAAAGUACGGAUGCGAGUUGGAGCGCGUCGACGUCUUGCUCGCGAAAGUCAAAGAACUGGGGCUCAAUCUGGUCGGCGUUUCGUUCCACGUGGGCUCGGGUGCGUCUGAUCUGUCAACGUUCUACAAUGCCGUCAAAGAUGCGCGCUAUGUCUUUGAUCGGGCUACAACCAAGUUCGGGCUUCCAGAGCUUCGUCUGCUCGAUGUCGGAGGAGGGUUUCAGCUGGAUUGCUUCGCAGAAUCUACCGAAAUCUUGAACAUGGGACUCGAUGAAUUCUUCCCACCUACCUGCGGCGUCGAUAUAAUAGCAGAACCAGGCAGAUAUUUCUGUGCUAGUUCGUUCACAUUGGCAUGCCACGUGAUUGCUAAGAGAGCCGUCGAGAACAAAGAGUCCAUGCUUUACAUCAACGAUGGUGUCUACGGGAACAUGAACUGCAUUUUGUUCGACCACCAAGACCCGAACCCCAGGGUCCUAUAUCAUGAAAACCAAUUCCACUACAGAGACUUUGGCUCCAGUUCUCGAGUAGCUGUACCUGAAUGCCCGUACAAAGUGUCCAUAUGGGGUCCAACUUGCGAUGGUCUAGACUGUAUCACCAAAGAGCAUUAUAUGAAGUUUGACCUGGAAAUUGGUGACUGGCUGUAUUUCCCAAACUUGGGAGCCUACACAUCAUCGGCUGCGACGCAAUUCAACGGUUUCGAGCAAAUCGUUGAUGUGAUUUACAUCGAGUCCAGUCACGCGUGA